GAACAGGUUCACGAUCCGGUGCCCUGUCGCCGUCAGUCCGCCAUUUUUUUACGUUUGGCUUUUGUUGCUCAUCCGAGCUAAUCUCAGUUCCGCGUUCGCGAACGUUUUGUUUUUGGCUCGCUAGCCACCCGACGUAGUGCUUUUUCGUCGGUAACCAGCCGUCUAGGCUAAUCACCCGAGCCCCCUGUACUCAUCGACUCAUCGCGCACGUGCUUGUGUCCGCGAUUAGUCACGGCCUCCUGUGCCAAAACCACGAGUUGUAUUUUUCGUGUUUCCGGUCGCCCGUCCGAUUUUCGCUGCGCGACCUCCGCGACCCGUGGUCAUUUACGCCGUCCGUGUCUUAGUACGAUCAUCUGGUGUCUGACGCGUCGUUACUAAUUUUGUUAUAUUUUGUAUCGCCCGGCCGAUCUUUGCCGUGCGAUUUUGAGCCUCGCUCGCUAACGCGCCCACGUGUUCCGCCCGCCCGUUUUUACGCAGCGCGAACCGUCGCAUAUAUAUAUAUUUAGUUGUCGUUUGAGCCGCGACAACGGACGUCCUCGCGUGCCGUUAAGUUUUUAGUGUAUAAAUCUUGCACCUGUCAGUGCCACGUUCCGAUCACCUUGAUCAACGCCCGCGUCGUCCAAUUUGGAUCACCUCCACACCACCAUCGUGUUAUCAUCAGACAACCCAGUUAUCAGUGGUGAACACCUGCCCACAGUUGCGGCUGUACAUUUCAGGCGAGCCACCCUUAUUCUUCGUAUCGAAAUGUCAUUACGUCGCAGUUGGUCGCACAGUAUCGGCGUCGGUCUUCAUUUCAUUUGUGCUGUCCAAGACGGUCUUGUCCCGCAGCUCUGAACGUGGUUUAUGUACAAUUUUCUCGUUGCUGUGUGGCGUGUACGCAAGUGAACAACAAUAAAAAAAAGCUGUACCUUUUGUCUGUACGUGGUCAUCAUCGUCAUUCGCGGUGUACCUACGUCUAAAAUCAACGUUGUGCCAAGCCAACGAUUCUUCCGUACACAGCCGACGGUUUAUCAGCGGACCACACUUCCAUCGACAACUUACUGUGUACACGAUGGUGUUCAGUCUGGUGAAGCUGGCGUACCUAGAGUGCAGCGCCGAACAGCGGUUGUGGUAUAACUCGAUACCGGGACCCGUAGUGCCGGUCGACGUACGCGACUGUUGCGAAUAUCUGAUUAAAGCCAGAAAAUUGGCGCGGCUGUUGACGAACAGCGAGCAACCGGACGUGUGUACGAUUGCCGCCGAUAUCGGGCACGUCGACUGUCUGCGAGUGGCGCACGUCGCGGGCAUGCCGUGGAACUCGCACACCAUGACCGCGGCCGGCCAGUCCGGCAACAUCGAGUGCUUGAGUUACGCUCAUCAGAACGGCUGCGAAACGGCCAGCGUGGAAUCGAUGGAGUCGGUCAACGGUUGGAAUAUCAGUACGUUGCAAUACACGUACGCGUGGCAACAAGACUUCGAUUUCCCGACCAACAUGUGCUCGUUGGCCGCGCGUUUCGGCAACGUCAAGGUGUUGAAAUGCCUGCGCGAGUUGGGCCUCGAGUGGGACGUCACUACGACCGCGGAGGCGGCGGGCUACAAUCGUCUGGCGUACUUGCAUUACGCGCGAAAAAACGACUGCCCGUGGGACGAAACGACGUGCUCCGCGGCCGCCGAGAACGGUAGCCUAGAAUGCUUAAAAUAUGCUCUCCGAAACGGAUGCCCGUGGAAUGACGACAUCUGCACGGAGGCCGCGUUGCGCGGACACCUCAAUUGUUUGAGGUACGCCAGUCGGCAUGGGUGCCCGUGGGACGAGCAGACGUGCGCCGCCGCCGCGUUGUCCGGCCAACUCGAGUGCUUAAGGUACUUGCACCGGAAUGGGUGCCCGUGGGACGCUCGCACGUGCCAAGCCGCCGCGUUAAACGGCCAUUACAGGAGCCUAAAAUAUGCACACCGGCACGGAUGUGAAUUGGAAGUAAAUACACUCUUUUUGGCGCUCAUCAACGUCAAGAUGAAGUGUUAUAAUUACGCCCUCCAAAACAUUAUCCCGCCCUUGCCAAUUCAGCUGCGCUUUGGCCCGGAAAUAUUUGAAUCGGACGACGAUUAACAUAGGCUAUUUUUUUUUUUAGGGAGGGGGUUGAUUAUUAUUAAGUUUGUAUAUUUUUAAUUUGAUCUUGUAUUAACAUUGAUGUAUUAUGUUUACAAUUUUUUAAUAUUCUAUAGUUUGUACAUAUAUGUGUGAAUAUUUUAAUAAAGUCUAUUGUUAUAUUUAUA